AUGAAGGUCGGAAAACCCAAAUCGAAGCGCGUACCCGUGCGGUUGAGGCAUAAGAUCGAGAAGUCUUCUGCGGCGAAACAACGGAAGGCGAAGAAGGAAGCCAAGAAGAACCCAGAAUGGCGCUCGAAGCUCAAGAAGGACCCUGGCAUUCCGAACCUCUUCCCGUACAAGGACAAAAUUCUGCAAGAAAUUGAGGAGUCGCGACGGGUAAAGGCAGAGGAAAUUGUGCGCCGCAGAGAGCUAGCGAAGGAGCAGAGGCUUACUGGAGAGGCUACAAUGGACACUCUGGACGAGGACGAAGACUCGGCAGGCGGCGAUGACCUUCUCGAGGAGUCGGAUAACGAAGACUCGAUGCAGGUGGACGACUCAAAUCCCAUGGCCGCUCUGCUUGCCUCUGCAAAAGCUCGCGCAGCCAAGUUCGAACAGAAGAAAUCGCACGAUGAGGAGGCGAUGGACGAAGACGAUGAGGAUGAUUUCGAACGCUUCGAUCUCGAGGACGACGAAGGCGCGGUCAACGUGCGAAAGGAUUCCUCCCGAAAACAAUUCGACAAGGUGUACAAGCAGGUCGUGGAAGCCGCAGACGUGGUGCUCUACGUGCUCGAUGCGCGGGACCCGCAGGGCACGCGGUCGAAAGAGGUGGAGCAGGCCGUCAUGGCAGCCGAUAGAGGCAGCAAGCGGAUGAUUUUCAUCCUGAACAAGAUUGACCUUGUACCACCACCAGUCCUUCGGUCGUGGCUGGUUCACCUGCGCCGAUCAUUUCCCACGCUGCCUCUCCGCGCCUCGAAGCCCGCACCAAAUGCAAAGACGUUCGACCACAAGGAGCUCACGAUCAAGGGUACAUCAGAGACCCUCUUCCGAGCGCUCAAGACUUUCUCUGAGGCUAGACAACUGAAGCGAUCGGUCAAGGUUGGCAUCAUUGGUUACCCAAAUGUUGGUAAAUCCUCAGUCAUCAAUGCUCUCACGCAAAGAAUGGGUGGGAGAGUCGGCGCCUGCCCGGUCGGAGCUGAGGCUGGCGUCACAACGAGCCUACGUGAAGUCAAGCUGGACAGCAAGCUGAAGCUUCUCGACUCUCCUGGAAUUGUGUUCCCCAACAGCCCCGAAGGCGGCAAGAGCAGCAAGGUGGAAGAGAAGGCGAGACUCAUUUUGCUGAAUGCGAUCCCACCGAAAGAGAUUGAGGACCCUGUGCCGGCCGUGAACCUCCUUCUGAAGCGCCUGUCCUCCUCACCAGAGCUCUUUCAGAAGAUGGUCGAUGUGUACGAUCUCCCACCCCUGCAUACUGUCAACGGCGAUACAACGACAGACUUCCUUGUACAGGUAGCGAGGAAGCGAGGUCGCCUUGGUAAAGGCGGUGUUCCCAAUCUUCACAGUGCAGCGCAAACCGUCAUCACAGACUGGCGUGAUGGACGAAUCCAGGGAUGGACCGAUCCGCCAGCAUACAAAGCCACUCUCACAAAAAGCAGCAAGACUGCUCCUGCUACGAAGGGAGGUCUUGUUGGUGACCAGAAGGAUAUUGUCAAGGAGUGGGCCGCCGAGUUCAAGCUCGAGGGCCUUUGGGGCGAUGAAGCGGUCGGAGCGGAUGCCAUGGAGUUGUAG